CUCUCUCUCUCUCUAUCUCUCUGUGCUCGGGCUCCACACUUUGGAGAGAAUCGCGGCGGAAUCGUGGAAGUGAAGAUGCGGGUGGUCGCUGCCGCGGGACUCGGUGUGCUGUGCGCGCUGUUGGCCGCUCUGGUGCGCGGCGGCGGCGGCGCGUCGUUGGAGCAGGAGACGCUGGUGCAGCAGGUCAAACCCGAGUCUGUCCUCCUCAAGCCGAAGGUUCUGAUCGCCAUCGUGGCGCGUAACGCGGCGCACAGUCUGCCGCACUACCUGGGCUGCAUCGAGAGGCUGGACUACCCGAAGGAGCGCAUAGCGAUCUGGGCAGCAACAGACCACAAUGUGGACAACACCACUGCCAUGUUGAGAGAAUGGCUGAAAGGAGCUCAGCGAGUCUACCACUAUGUGGAGUGGAGGCCGAUGGAGGAGCCGAGAUCCUACACAGACGAGUGGGGUCCAAAGCACUGGCCUCCCUCCAGGUUCAACCACGUGAUGAAGCUGAGACAGGCGGCGCUCAAGUCUGCCAGGGAACGAUGGGCCGACUACAUCCUGUUUGUUGACAGUGACAACCUGUUGACGAACCCUCACGUGCUCAACCUGAUGAUGGCUGAGAACUUGACGCUGGUGGCUCCUAUGUUAGAGUCUCGCUCCCUCUACUCCAACUUCUGGUGUGGCAUCACUCCACAGGGUUACUACAAGCGAACGCCAGACUAUCAGCCGAUCAGGGAGUGGAAGCGACUGGGCUGCUACCCUGUUCCCAUGGUGCACAGCACCUUCCUGUUAGACCUGCGCCGUGAAACCAGCAGAGACUUGGCCUUCUACCCUCCUCACCCGGACUACAGCUGGGCAUUCGAUGACAUCAUGGUGUUUGCGUUCUCGGCACGUCAAGCAGGUGUGCAGAUGUAUGUGUGUAACAGAGAACACUACGGUUUUCUGCCAGUCCCUCUCAAGGCUCAGCAAAAUGUGCAAGAAGAAAGUGACAGUUUCACACACACAAUCACUGAGGCUUUGAUCGACCAUGACAUUGACACCUCAGAGUACCUGAACUCCUUGUCGUCACCACAUGAUAAGAUAGGCUUCGAAAAAAUUUUCCUCAUCAACCUGAAGCGACGGCUGGACAGAAGGACCAGGAUGUUGAAAACAAUGACCGCCAUCGGUCUCCAGGCGACACUGACGGAUGCAGUGGAUGGAAAGGCUCUGAAUACGUCCCAGUUACAGGCUCUGGGAAUAGAGAUGAUGCCGGGCUACAAAGAUCCUUAUUCUGGACGAGUCCUGACCAGAGGGGAGAUCGGCUGCUUCCUCAGUCAUCACUCUAUCUGGACAGAGGUGAUCGAGCGUGGCUUCCAGAAGGUUCUUGUUUUAGAGGACGAUGUGAGGUUCGAGCCCUGGUUCAAACGACGGCUACAGGCCAUAAUGGAAGACGUCGAUAAAGCCCAGCUGGACUGGGACCUCAUUUACGUGGGACGGAAGCGUAUGCAGGUGCAGCAGCCAGAGAAAUCAGUGGAGGGCGUGAACAACCUGGUGGAGGCCGACUACUCGUACUGGACGCUGGGCUAUGCGCUGUCUCAGCAGGGGGCCAGGAAGCUGGUGGACACGCUUCCAUUCACGAGGAUGCUGCCUGUGGACGAGUACCUGCCAGUCAUGUUCAACAAACACCCCAACACUGAUUUCAUGUCACACUUUGAGCCUCGGGACCUGAAGGCCUUCUCUGUGGAGCCGCUGCUCAUCUACCCCACACACUACACUGGAGAGCCGGGCUACAUCAGCGACACAGAGACCUCCACCAUCUGGGACGACGAGGCCGUGGCCACAGACUGGGACCGGCAGCACGCGCGCAAGACGGCCCAGCAGGGACGCAUCCACCAGGUGGCACAGAACAGCGUCACCGGAGACUCGCCGCCUCCCGCCUCCCGAGCGUCACGUGACGAGCUCUGAUAGAGACACCAGGGGGAAGACGCAGUGUACAUGCAGUGAAUGUUGUGCGUACACACACUUGAAAAACUAAGAUGUAUUUACACAGAAACACACACACACACACACACACACAGACACAGGAAGAAUCAGUCUGAUCUACUGUCACACGAGGGGACGCUGAGGAAGAGGAGCAGAAUCUAGGACGACGGCCACACAGCCUUUGACAAAACUUUAUUUAUUCCCCAUGCCUCCUCUCAACAUGUGGAUUCACGUCCUGAGAAAAAUCCAGCAACACACGCAAACUAACACCAUUUGCUAGAAACUGGAAAUGAACAUUCUCACAGAUCCAUUUUUUAUAUUGUUUUAAAAAAAAGAUUGUUGUUAUUUAAAAAAAAAAAAAAAGAAAAAAGAAAGAUGUGUUUUUUUAAUGGACAGCUGACGAAUAAAGGAAUCUCAAAGCUGUCUGAAAACUGCUAUGUGCGUGUGUAACUCUAUAUUUGAGGGGUCAACGAUGAGUCCACGGGGCAUUUGUUUCCAAACAGCAGGGCAUUAAUGGAGACUAUUAGUGUCAGGAAGUGCAGAUAUCACACUCACACAGCAGGCUGGUCCUGUUAUCUUUCCAGAGUAGCAGGCGUACAUCAUAUGCAGCCUCUAUGGUGUGCAGUUGCAUCACUUUAGAUUCUUUCCAAAAAAUAAAAUUGUUAAAUAUGUUUUUUUUUUUAAAAAGCUGGAUUAUUGAAAUUCCCAUGUCCUGGACUCGAGGCUGUGUUUCCUUUCAGUUGUGGUGCCAGGCUGAACCAAUAAAUCAACUUCUCUGUU